AGCUAGGCCUAGGUGAUUGCGCCCCUAAACCAACUGACAACUCUACCUCCACGGAACUCAAACUUUAACAUUUGGGGAAUUAUUCAUCAUUGCUCUCAACAUGGAUUCCAACGACCAAGCAUUCGUAUCGGAGGAAGAUGGAGAACAGAGCCCUGGUUGUUCAGACAGUGCUGAAUUGCAAGAACAAUCACAGACCGCUGCAUUUGGAGAUGUGAAACUAACCAAAAAACAGCAAAGGAGACUCGAGAAGAAAGAAAGAAAUGCAGAAAUGAGGCCUAUAUGGAGAGCAAAAAGCAGAGAGAAUAGAAAGAAAAGAAAGGCUGAAGCCAGAGAAAGAGGCGAGGAACUUCCUCACAAAAUUUCUAAAAAGAAUACCAUGGCUAAUUCAUCAUGCUCUGUGAAAGUCGUAAUUGAUUGCUCAUUUGAUCAUCUCAUGAAUGAAAGGGAAAUUAUUAGUUUAGAAAAUCAGAUUCAAAGGUGUUACUCUACCAAUAGAAGAAUGGACCAACCCCUUCAGCUCUAUGUUGGAAGUUUUAAUGGUAAGAUAAAGGAAAGAAUGGAAGCCAAAGUUCCCUACAAGAGUUGGGAUCUGAUCCUGAAAGACGAAGCUUACCAUGAGUUUCUAGAGAAGGAUAACAUUGUCUACUUGAGCAGUGAAUCACCAAAUGUUCUGUCUGAGCUGGAAGCUGACAAGGCGUACAUCAUUGGUGGACUAAUCGACCAUAACAUUCACAAGGGUUUGUGUCAUCAACUCGCUGAAAAGAAUCAAAUCAAUCACGCUCAGUUGCCAAUCAGAGAGUUCAUAGAUAUGAAAGGAAGAAAGGUGCUUACUAUAGACCAUGUUUUUGAGAUUUUGGCCAAGUUCACUGAGACAAAAAAUUGGGAGGAAUCCUUUUUGGCUGCUCUUCCGAAACGUAAAGAAGUUGUGGGAAAGUCGUCCAACAAUUUCACCUUGUUGAGUAACAGGAAGACGGGAGAGGAAGGUAAUGUGAAGGAUAAUGAAACUGUUGUGGACAAUAAAAGUGAAAAUCUUGAUGCAGAUACUGUAAACUCUAUACAGGAUUUAUUGUCAGGGGACGUGAACAAUGAUCUGACAAAUUCUGGAAGUGAUUCUCAAGUGCUUUGUGAUUCUCCUGCAGUGACAGAUGUAAAAUCUAUAGAUAUUGAUGACACAUCAUGUGGCCUUAGUGUAACAAGUUCAGAAAAUCUUUCUGCUUCAUGAAGUCCAUCCAUCCUAAGGCUUGAUCAUUUCACAUAAAACUAAAGGGUUCUAAUUGAACCUUUUAAUAAAGAUUUAA